AUGGUGUUUGCAUAUUUAUAUAAUUUAAUUAUUCAAUAUUUCUUUGGAGGUGGUGCAGAAGCUGCUACUGCCAGUCGUAAAGCAACCACCACCAAUAAAAAUGAAAAUUACAAUAGUGGUAGAGCUAGGAAUGACAGUAUAACAGAAGACAACAGAAAGAGUUAUUAUUUCAAAGAGAAUGUUACCAAAGGCGAUGAAACUGCAAUUCAAUUAGAAAUAUCAUUACUCAGUAACAUGGAUGAACUAAUGGAGAAUCCACUACUCGUUCACUACACCUCAGAAGACGCCGGAACUAGCUCCGAGGACCAAGAACCAAAGAUGACUGGAAUGGUUGUAUACUCACUGGAUGACCUACCCAUAGGAAAACUAUUCAUCUCUCAAGCCGGUGAAAAUAUAAUUAGAAUCGAUCAAAAUACUGUUAAAUAUUCAAAUGAUAAAUUGUUUAAGGUUCAACCAAAGCAAUCAGCUUCACACCAAGAGAGUGAUAAUGUAAAUAGUCAAAAAGAUCAAGAAGCUGAAAGAAAGCAAUUGGCUGAGCAAUCCGAACAAAAGAGAUUAUCUGAAGAAGCUGAACAAAAGAGAUUGGCUGAGGAGAAACGUGUUGCUGAAGAGAAGAGACUUGCUGAAGAGAAACGUGUUGCUGAAGAGAAGAGAAUCUCACAAGAAGUAGAGCAAAAGAGAUUGGUAGAAGAGAAACGUGUUGCUGAAGAGAAGAGAGUAGCAGAGGAGAAACGUGUUGCAGAGGAGAAGCGUGUUGCUGAAGAAAAGAGAGUAGCAGAGGAGAAACGUGUUGCUGAAGAGAAACGUGUUGCUGAAGAAAAGAGAGUAGCAGAGGAGAAGAGAAUAGCAGAGGAGAAACGUGUUGCUGAAGAAAAGAGAGUCGCAGAGGAGAAGAGAGUAGCAGAAGAGAAGAGAAUAGCAGAGGAGAAACGUGUUGCAGAGGAGAAAAGACUUGCACAAGAAACAGAGCAAAAGAGAUUAGCAGAAGAGAAACGUUUAGCCGAAGAGAAGAGACUUGCUGAAGAAGCUGAACAAAAGAGAUUGGCUGAGGAGAAAAGAUUAGCCGAGGAGAAGAGACUUGCCGAAGAAGCAGAGCAAAAGAGACAAGCCGAAGAAAAGCGUAUUGCCGAGGAACAACGUUUGGCCGAGCAAAAGAGACUUGCUGAAGAAGCCGAACAAAAGAGAUUGGCUGAGGAGAAGCGUGUUGCUGAAGUACAAAGAAUGGCAGAAGAGAAGAGACGCGCUGAAGAGGCAGAGCAGAAGAGAUUGGCUGAAGAGAAACGUAUUGCCGAAGAGCACCGUUUGGCCGAGGAGAAACGUGUUGCUGAAGAGAAGAGACUUGCUGAAGAAGCUGAGCAAAAGAGAUUGGCUGAGGAGCAAAGAUUAGCCGAGGAGAAGAGACUUGCUGAAGAGGCAGAGCAAAAGAGACAAGCCGAAGAAAAGCGUAUUGCCGAGGAACAACGUUUGGCCGAGCAAAAGAGACUUGCUGAAGAGGCAGAGCAAAAGAGAUUGGCUGAGGAGAAGCGCUUGGCAGACGAAGAGGCCGAGAAGAAACGUAUCGCCAAAGAGGAAGAAGAGAAGAAGAAAUCGGCUGCAGACGAAGAAAAGAAAAAGCAACCAGACAAAAGAGAAAGAGACGAAGAAGCUAGCUAUGAAAGACAUUCUCCAGACUCAAAGAAACUUGUUCAUUUAACACUUGAAAGACCAACCAAGAAAGGUAGAAAGAAGCCAGUCAAGAGAAUCUCUCAACAUCCUGCCAUCAAGGAAGUCAUUUCCUAUUCACAUGCCGAAGAACAACCAUCAUCAUCUGAAUCCAAUGACACUGAACAAAAAGAACACACCGUGUCACCAAUCAAAGUAAAUCCUAUGGGUGGUAAUCCUUCUGUAAAUAAAUACGGUGGAAUUGCAAUGAUGCCGGCCGGAUUUGAUUUAGGUGCUGUUAAACUCAAGAAAUCAGCAAGUUCUCCUGCCAAAGACAACAACAACAAUAGCAACAAAGAACCACAAGAGAAGGAAGCACAACAAAUUGAUUUCCGUCAGGUAUUGAAAAAGAAACCAGCUCCUCAAUAG